AUGGCGCAGAACCUCACCGAUGUCCCAGUCCUCCUACAGCGCCGUGACAGCAGAGGCAGUGGGGAUGGUCCGCGCCGGACGAGCGGGUUGGAGGUCAAGACGGAGGAUGGGAACGGAUUAGGGGAGGAUGGGAAGUCGGAGAAGGACUUGACCGCCCAAGGGGAAGGCCAUGAGACUCGUGGUGACGGGGAAGACGACGGAUACGACAGCACCAAUCCCAUCCCUUGGACCGUCAAGUGGAUCAGUCUCGCCGCGGUGAUGUGCAUGCCUAUAGGUGUCAACUGGGCGGAUUCUGCUCUGGGUCCACUUCGAAACACGCUGCGGAAUGAGAUGGGGAUCAACAACGAGCAGUUCGGGGUGAUUAGCUCCGCGGAUGCUAUCGUCAACUCCAUCUGGCCUUUGAUCGGAGGUAUCUUACUCGACUGGGUCGGCGUCGAUGUCAUUGCCCCAGUCUGCACCACACUCAUCCUCAUCGGCUCACUCAUCUCCGCUUCUGGCGUUCAAAUCGGUAACUGGCGUCUCUUGGCGGGUGGCUACAUCGUCCAAGGGUUCGGCACGGCCCUGCUCGACUCUUGUCAACAGGUCUUCUUCCACGCCUUUGGACGCAGACAAGGUCUCGCCUUCGCCUUUGGCCUCGAGAGUGCCAUCGCCAGCGCCACCUCACUCGCCUCCGAGGCCGCCGCGAUCCCCAUCCGAGACUCGCUGGGUACCAAGGCGGUCUUCUGGAUCCCGGUCGCCUUUUGCGCGCUAAGUAGUGCCCUCAAUUUCGCCUACCUCUACUAUUCCAAAAAGCGGAUGCCGGCUCAGUACCGCCUCACGACGGGACGCCAGCGUGCGCAGGCCGGCGGAUCGAAUCGCAAGCUCGUAUCUCUCGACUCACUCUGGAGGUUACCGUGGUGCUUUUGGAUGCUUCCAGCCACACAGCUGCUGCAGUCUGGCGCGGCCGGCGGAUUCUCGGUCGCUAGGGCGGAUAUCAUCAGGAUGAAGGGCUACUCCGAAGCGACCGCGGGAUUCUUGCAGAGUGGGAGUACUGCCAUCCAGGUGGUGAUGGCUCCCGUGUUCGGCUACGUUAUCGAUCGGUGGUGUCACAGAUUCCAUUACGUGGCACUUGCGCCGCUGCUGUGGAUCGCUUCCUGCGCCCUUCUCGGAUUCUCGGAUAUUCACCCCAUGGUCGCCCUUGUCUUUGCGAGCUUGGCGGGUGUCAUCAACUCUGCACCAUUGCAAAUGGCCUUACACCUAUUAGUGGCGGAUCACAGGCUGAUUGGGACUGCCUUUGGUGUCUGGCGAGCUUUCAACAACUCGGGCAGCGUGGUAAUGGACGUCAGCUACGGUCGAAUCCAGGACAGAACCCCGGGCAGGGGCUACGACCGCGUCCUCAAGCUCACCAUCGGUAUCAAAUCUCUCGCUUUCGCUCUCGGCCUCGGCUACAUCUUCGUCGACUGGCGCUUCCUCGGCUCAGGGCUUACCAUGACUCGCCGCAAGCGAGACGCGAUCGAAGCCGAUAUACCCAAAGGCAAGUGGGACAGCCAUCCGCUUACACGGCGGACCGCGAUCAGGGAGGUCACGUAUGUCUGUCUGGCCCUGCUGUGCGGGUUCGUGAUUACCGCUUGGGUCCUGUUCUUCCUGGGCCUGGCUAGCUAG